AUGAAGGUCGAAGUCAAGUCGUGGCGCGCAAUUGGCUACUGGAUCUGGGACGUGAAGGACCCAGAUGAUGUCUGCGGUAUCUGCCAGAACAACUUCGAUGCGACCUGCGCCAAAUGCAAAGUCCCAGGCGAGAGCUGUCCGCUUUUACAUGGCACCUGCUCGCACAUCUUUCACCUUCACUGUAUCGUCGAGUGGCUUCAGAACCACACAAUGUGUCCGAUGUGCAAGAGGCCAUGGAGUUCGUAG